AUGUCUGCUGAGAAUCAGAUGGAUGUCGCUCGAAAGAAGAAUAUGGAUUUUGAUAUUGACGAGAAGCUGGAUGUACCUCAAUACAAGCAGGAUGCUUUUGGCGAUGAGGAGUUUGCAGAGGUUAAAUAUAAGGUGUUGAGAUGGUGGCAAUGUGGACUUCUCAUGGUUGCUGAAACUGUGUCUUUGGGUGUUCUCUCGCUCCCAGCUGCCAUCGCAGGUCUUGGUCUUGUGCCUGCCAUUAUAGUCUUAAUUGCCCUUGGCCUGAUUGCUUCAUAUACCGGCUUCAUCAUGGGCCAGAUGAAGUUGAAAUUCCCCCAUAUAACAACCAUGUCCGAUGCAGGUGAGGUUGUAGGAGGAAAGAUUGGGCGCGAGUUUGUCGGCAUCUGCUGGAUCCUCUUCUUUAUCUUCAUCAUGUCGAGUCAUCUCUUGACAUUCACCGUGGCCAUGAACACGAUUACCAACCACGGCACAUGUUCCAUAGUGUUCGGUAUCGUCGGCAUGGUUCUUUCAUUUGUGUGUUCUCUUCCUCGGACACUAGAGAAGAUGUCCUGGUUAUCUAUUGUCUCAUUCUGCAGCAUUAUCACUGCUGUGCUCAUCACCAUGAUUGCAGUCGGUAUCGAAAAGCCCGGCGACGGCGUCAAGGCUGUCGCCGACACAAACCUCUACCACGGUUUCACAGCUGUAUGCAACAUCGUCUUCGCAUUCUGUGGCCACGGCGCUUUCUUUGGUCUCAUGGCUGAGUUGAAGAACCCGAAAGACUUCACCAAGUCGCUUUGUCUGCUCCAAGGCAUCGAUAUAUGCCUGUACCUCGUUGCUUCGGUAGUCAUCUACGUUUAUGCAGGUGAUAGCGUCACCUCACCGGCUUUGGGCUCCGCUUCGCCGAUAGUUGCCAAGAUUGCCUAUGGCAUCGCUCUCCCUACGAUCGUUAUUGCCGGCGUGAUCAACGGCCAUGUCGCUUUCAAGUACGUUUACGUCCGCAUCUUCCGCGGCACAGACCGCAUGCACAAGCGUGACUGGAUCGCUGUCUGCUCCUGGGGUGGCAUUGCCUUGGGUAUGUGGGUGCUAGCCUGGAUCAUUUCGUCCGCAAUCCCCGUGUUCAGUGAUUUGUUAAGUUUGAUUACUGCACUGUUUGCUAGCUGGUUCACCUUUGGCUUCCCAGCUAUUCUGUGGCUGUUUAUGAAUCGGGGCCUGUAUCUUUCUUCGUGGAAGAAGAUUGUGCUUACGGUGAUUAAUCUACUUAUUUUUGCCUUGGCCUGUGCUAUUUGUGGUCUCGGUCUUUGGGUGUCUGGGAAAGCCCUCCACGAUAAUCCUAGUAGCGCGAGUUUCUCGUGCGCUAAUAAUGCUUAA